AUGGUCAUCCGCCGCGUCUUGCUCGAUGCUUUCGGGACCGUCUUCUCUCCUCGCGAGCCUGUCUUCCGGCAAUACGUGGCUGUCGCACGCUCGUACGGCCUGCAGGUCAAGGAGGACGAGGUCAAGGACGCUUUUAAGCAAGCCUUCAAGAAGUGGGCAAAGCUGCACCCGCUGUAUGGGAAGCACAGCUCGCCUCCGCUCGACUCGUCGCAAUGGUGGUCCGGCGUGAUUGGCGACACUUUCCGACAAGCUGGCGUUCUUGCUGCCGACUUCGAGCCCGUCGAGCGGGAGCUCUGCGAUACCCUCGUCCGACGAUUCUGGGGCAAAGAAGGCUACGAGCUGCACGACGACUGCGUCCCCUUUCUCCGAGCACUACACAGCGACCUCGCUUUCCCUCCACCCGCCAUCGUUAGCAAUACCGAUACAGCCGUCUUCAAGAUCCUCGAUUCGCUCGAGGUCACAGCAGCGACUUUCGAGCCUUCCGAGGCAGGCAUCAAACAGGACAAGAUCUGGACGACUUGGGAGCUGGAGAAGGAGAAGCGCAGCGUGGAGUUCUGGGAGGAGGUGUUGCGGCGGCUGCGGGAGAUGACGAAAGAAGCGGGCGAGGCGGAGCUUUCGCCGAGCGAAGUGUUGGUGGUCGGCGACGAGUUUGAGUCGGACUACGAAGCGCCUCGCAAGGCAGGCCUGCGGAGCCUUCUCCUUCGAAGAACAACCACAAACGGAGAACACGCUCGUGCGAGCUAUCAGGACGACGAGAGGAACCUGCGGAGCGAGGACGCGGUGGCGAGUCUGAUGGACGUGGUAGAAUUCAUCAAGCGGGAGAACGAGGGGGUGAGGAAGCGGUAG